AUGAACUUUCGAAUUUCGCAGCUCAACGACGACGUCCUCCUCUUGAUAUUCUCCUACAUCCACGGGGAAGACGCGCUUAAUGUCGCCCUCACCUCGAAAAGGUUCUACGGGCUCGCAAUACCCGCUGUGGCCCAUGAGGCAUCCUGCUGGGAGUUUAGAAUGAUUCGCCAGCUUUGCGACUACAUGUUAACGCCCUUGGACUCUCAACCUCGAGCUCGAUACCUACGCGUCCUCGUCAUCCUGCCUGCUGCUUUCUUCGUCGUCCAAAGGAAGGGCAGAAAAUCGGGUACCCUCUCGCUCUACGGUGCGAAAUCCCUCAUUACAGACGUCCUCGGAGAGGCCAGUGGACUUCGUGUACUACGAUGGACAGCGGAUUUCCGGGAUCUCUUCAAAAGCGACUCGAGCCGUCUCACAGACGUUAUGAAAUCCUGGAAGCACAUCACCGUUCUGGAACUCAAUAUGGUCGACGACGAAAUAGUCUCCGCCUUACGGUCCGUUACAACACUCAGGGUGUUGACUUUGCGAGAUAAAGCGUUGGAAAUCGGGCAGGAACACCGCGGAUUGCCCACGUUGUUGCAGACAUUGUCCCAGCUUAUCCACCUCCAGACACUCUCCCUGACUCUUUUCCGCGGCACAGAUACGCCAUUGGGAACCGCCGAAGGUUCGCGGGUGACUCCCCGGUUUCCCUCCAUCAUCGAUCUCUCGCUAGAUGCCUGUUCCAAGAGCUACUUCCUUCUCGUGCAGCAAUGUCCCAACCUGUCUAGACUCGCGGUAUCCUACCCAGUCGACAUGCCACCUAUCGGGACUUUUCUCCCCCCUGCAAAUCCGGUGCCGCGCUGGCCUGCGCUCCAAACCCUUGCGAUAUCGACGCGAGACAUGUCCUUGUGCGGCCUCUAUCGGUUGAACACCGUCCGCGAACUGCGGCUCUGGGACACGCCGUUUGAAAACUCAUUUGUGCCCACCACCCUUCCCCUCGCCUUGCCCACACUCUCACCACGUUCUAUCUCCAUCGUCGCUUGCUUCAGGGUGGAGAAUAGCCCCGCCUGGGAUGUCCUGGCUAAUUAUCAACCCGGGGUGCGUGUCUUGGAUAUCGAAGUCAACCCACAAACGUAUAGGCCCUGGUCUGACGUCUGGCAUGACAACGUCCCGAAAGCGCUUAGUCGUCUCCCGCUGAUCUCUCUCCGUCUGAUUGUUCGUUCACCAUCUUCGUCUGGAACCGGGGUGGAAGCGGCGCUCGAUAAGCCUACGCGAAUGCAGACGACGUAUCGCCGCAAGGAGGCCAUCUCAUCUCUUCCGGGGAAAGUUUUCGACGCCGUGCCUACACUACGUGUUCUUGCCAUCGCCGAAGAGGUGGACCAGAUAGGCCGACGGCCGAUGGCAGUGGGCGGAGCGUCCGCGACGCCCAAAGCGCGGCACUUGUACAUGGAGGACCGAACGGAGGACCUCCCCGGUUGGGCGCGCCAUCUGGAAUGGGGUACUCUCGAUAGGGCGCGGUUUCGCCUCCAUUGGUGGUAUCGUGCGUCGCCGAAGGACGAGCCUAUGCGGGUUCCCGAGAAGGAAGGCGAGCGGGCGUACGCAGCCAUCUUGCGCGCAUGCACAACCGCAACUGGCGAACCAGCUUCGACGGCGGACAUCGAACAGCUUCUUGCGUCCAUGUCUUUAGAAUAAGGGAUCGCAUCGACACCCGUCUUGUGGCUAUCAAUUGCAGUGUAUAAU